AUGAGUGACAAAGUCUACAAAAAACAAGAGAAAAAGGAGCAGGAGCCAGACCAGGUCGAGGAGCAGGACAAGUCGUUGCGUAUCCAGAUCCUAGUUUACCGCUGCAUGGGCAUAGACCUGUGGAGUCCCACCAGCGCCAAUGACCGACGGCUUCUCACGGUGGUGACGAUGGGUCCACUGUUCGUCUUUAUGCUGCCGAUGUUCCUGGCCGCCCACAAGUACAUCACCGAGGUCAGCCUACUGUCGGACACCCUGGGCUCCACAUUCGCCAGCAUGCUGACCCUGAUCAAGUUCCUACUUUUUGUCUAUUACCGGAAGCAGUUUGUCGGUCUGAUUUACCGGAUUCGAAGUAUUUUAGAGAAGGAGAUCUCCGAGUGGCCGGCCGCCCGGGAAAUAGUGGACAUGGAAAACGAGAGUGACCAGCUCCUUAGCCUGACCUACACCCGUUGCUUUGGUCUGGCCGGAGUCUUUGCAGCCAUCAAGCCGUUCGUAGCCAUUGUGGUGGCUCUCAUCCGUGGCAGAUCGGGCCAGACCAAGGUCCACCUGGAGCUGCCCCACAACGGGGUAUACCCCUGGGACCUGCAGGUGGUUAUGUAUUAUGUUCCCACCUAUCUAUGGAAUGUUAUGGCCAGUUAUAGUGCGGUCACCAUGGCCCUCUGCGUGGACACUCUGCUGUUCUUUUUCACCUACAACGUGUGUGCCAUCUUCAAGAUUGCCAAACACCGAAUGAUUCACCUGCCGGCGGUGGGUGGGGCUGAGGAGCUGGAGGGCCUCGUCCAGAUCCUGCUCCUCCACCAGAAGGGCCUUCAGAUCGCCGACCACAUUGCCGACCAGUAUCGUCCUCUCAUCUUCCUGCAGUUCUUCUUGUCCGCCCUGCAGAUCUGCUUCAUCGGUUUCCAGGUGGCGGAUCUGUUCCCCAAGCCCCAGAGUCUCUACUUCAUCGCCUUCGUGGGAUCGCUCCUGAUCGCUCUCUUCAUCUACUCCAAGUGCGGCGAGAAUAUCAAGAGUGCCAGCCUGGACUUUGGCAAUGGCAUCUACGAGAGUCGCUGGACGGACUUUGCCCCGCCCACUAAGAGGGCGCUCCUCAUCGCCGGUAUGCGCGCCCAGCGACCCUGCCAGAUGAAGGGAUACUUCUUCGAGGCCAGCAUGGCGACUUUUUCGGCGAUUGUCCGCUCUGCCAUGUCGUACAUCAUGAUGUUGCGUUCUUUUAAUGCAUAG